GCCACCUGUAGAUCGUGGUUAUUCAUGGUUAUGACAGCCAAUCACGUUCCCGGCUGCAACCAAGAAUCGAAUGCUAUGGCCAAUCAGCGCUCGUAUCACAACCAUGAUUCCCCCAGUAACAACCAGGAAUCGACCAAUCAACGUCGGAGACCUACAUAUAUGGCUGGAGAAGGUGAUGACGUUCAUCAAUUAACUUAUGAGAAACAUUUGCAAAUCUUUAUAUCUUCACAUUUUAAUUUUGAUGGAACCGCGCUUCAGGAGACGGGCUGAUGGCAGCCUGAAUCUGGCUGAUACAUUGGAAGCGGCAAAGGUGAAGGAGGCCAACAAGGGAAAGCCGUACACGAGACCCCUGUCCCCGGAGAUAGUGCUGAACAAGGCCAAGAAAAGCUUAAUUCUGCACCACGGAGAUCUAGCGAACCGAAAGCACCUGCUAGGUUUCUUUGAAAUCCAGUUUGGUGUAUUUCGUGGGCAAACAUUCAGGUGGGUGGAUGAAAAUGCUCUGGGGUAUGCUGCUUACCUGGUGGCAGCUAUGAAGAGGGACCCCACAGGAGCCAGCAAAGACUCCCAAGAACAUGCCCACAACAAGGGGAGUUUUAGGGAGUAUAUUGAGCUAUUUCCUUCUGGCAGAAUUGCCAUUGCCUUGAAGGAAGAGCAAUAUGCUGAGAAAGCUCCCCAGCACGCUACCGCCACCCAGCUCACUCCUCCCACCCAGCACGCUGCCGCCACCCUGCUCACUCCCACGACCCAGCACACCGCCACCACCCAUACUUCCACCGCCUCUCUCCGCUCCCUUUUGGUUACCAGGUUGCCUAACCAGAAAAGUCUGACCAAGACUGUAGAAAGGCUGGUUUCCCCCCACAAAGCCACACCUUCUUUGGCCCAAGCACGUGCAAAGCCCUCAGCCACCCUCACCCGCCCGACUGUGUUGAUUGAGGGAGCCACAGGGCCCUCAGCCACCCUCACCCGACCGACUGCUUCCAUUGAUGGAGCCACAGGGCCCUCAGCCACCCUCACCCGACCGACUGCUUCCAUUGAGGGAGCCACAGGGCCCUCAGCCACCCUCACCCGACCGACUGCUUCCAUUGAGGGAGCCACAGGGCCCUCAGCCACCCUCGCCCUCCCCACUGAUAUAGAUGACGGCACACUGCUGGCAGAGGCAACUAUGUUUGAGGAGGCAUAUGUGGCAUCACGACGAGUCUGUCUUCCAGCUGGAUGGAUACACACCCUGCCUGAAGUGGAUCAGAGGUGGAUAUCCAAAGCCCUGUUCAGGUGGACAGCACAGGGGCCAUUGAUUCUCCUUCCUUGGAGAAUUACUUUGGCCAUUCCUUGCUGCUCUGGAUGCCACGAAAACUGUGGCAAGUGAAGCUGACCUGUCCCCAUCCAGACUGUCAGAAAGACCUUCUGACCUCAGCUGGCUUGCAUCAAAAGAUCAGGCAGGUGGUUGCCUUGAGUAAGAUGUACUUUGUGGCAUCUGAGUACCUGGCCUGCCGAAGAUGUAAGAUGAAGGUCAUCAGCUGGAGCCAUGGUAUCGUCUCCCAACUCGACAUUGGCCACAGGGUGCAGUUCCCUUGCAUUCUUACAUUAAAACUUGCAUGUGACCUGGAGGUAGUAAGUUUGAUGCGUCAACGAGGGCUGGGAAACAGCAGCAGCCAGAUCCAGCGCAAGCUGCAGGAACGUCAUGCUGAGGUCUGGUUGCAAAAGACAGUCCAGUAUCUGACAGAUUGCAUGGGGAUUGCCAGUGCUGUCACGUCGAGCCUGAUCCUGCCUGUGACAUUUGAACCUGCUCCUUCAAUGCCUUCUAUCCCUAAGCACCGGUGGCUGAUGCAGGUGUAUGCCCAGGAUGUCCUGCAAAGGCUGGAUGAGAUCAAGGCCUCUAUCACAUCACAAUAUGGUCGGAUCUUAAAAAUGGAUUCUACUAAAAAAGUGGCCAGAAAACUAGCAGGACGUAGCUAUGGCACAGCUACCUGGGCAACCAAUGUUGGAAAUGAGUAUGGACAGGUGAUCAUGUCCGUACUCACAGCCAGUGAAGGUUUUGGUCUCGGACCAAUGAUUGAAGGCCUCAUCAAGCGAUACAAAGUGGCUGGGGUGGCUCCUCCUGAGGUACUGUAUGUCGACCGAGACUGCUGUGGCAACACUCUUUUGAGGAGGAUGUUUGAAGAGUGGGAGCAAAUGACCAUCCGGUUAGAUGUAUGGCACUUUAUGCGGAGGUUUUCUGUGGGUUGCACCACCGACUCUCAUCAGUUGUAUGCCACAUUUAUGAGUCGCCUCAGCCACUGUAUUUUCAUGUGGGACCAGGGGGACUUGACGGCCCUGAAGAAGGCAAAGCGUGCAGAGCUAGAAGCUGACCGGAAACCAUCAUCCGAGGCUGAUGUGCUGCGCUGUAUCAGCCGUAGCGAGCUAGCCCUACAUUGCAGGAGGACCACCCGUGGUACCAAGGAGACCUUGGCGAUGAUUGAGAGCCAUAUUCAGGCCUUUGAUGGAGAUGCUGGUCGUGACACUCUUGGAGUCCCACUAAUAAACUCAGCCCGGAUGAGGGAGAUCUUAAAGUCCCAGCGGAAGCAUGUGGCCUGCAUCCAGGGUCCUCAAGGUGUGCAGCUCUACAUGUAGACAGGCACUGUAGUGAAGGGAGGGCACCGGCUGCCAACCUACCGCUGUGCCAGAGGUUCCACUUCGCUUGAGUCUUUUCACCUGCACCUUAACAGAUUCAUCCCAGGUACGCUGGCUAGUGACACCUUCUUCCAGGCGUAUCUUUUGGAUGGACUUGCAAGGUGGAAUGAGGACCGGGCUGUGGCAGCAACAACUGAUGAGCAGCAGCCACAUUCCUACCAUCAUCUUCUGCAUCAUGCU